GUAGCUCCCACCCGACACCAUUUUCCCCACACCCGCAUUUCCGGCAACAGUGGCGGGAAGCGGCCUGCCGGAGGGCGACUAGGCCUAAACCCAGGCGAAUCCGGCGGGAAUCGGAGCCAUCAAAACCGCCACCAUGACUGUGGGCAAGAGCAGCAAGAUGCUGCAGCACAUCGACUACAGGAUGAGGUGCAUCCUGCAAGAUGGUCGUAUCUUCAUUGGCACCUUCAAGGCUUUCGACAAGCAUAUGAAUUUGAUCCUAUGUGAUUGUGAUGAAUUCAGGAAGAUCAAGCCAAAGAACUCAAAACAAGCAGAGAGAGAAGAGAAGAGAGUCCUUGGUCUGGUGCUGCUUCGAGGGGAGAACCUGGUCUCAAUGACUGUAGAGGGACCUCCCCCCAAAGAUACUGGCAUUGCCCGAGUGCCACUUGCUGGAGCUGCUGGUGGCCCCGGGAUCGGCAGAGCUGCAGGCAGAGGCAUCCCAGCUGGCGUCCCCAUGCCCCAGGCCCCUGCAGGGCUUGCCGGGCCAGUUCGUGGGGUUGGCGGGCCAUCCCAACAGGUGAUGACCCCACAGGGAAGAGGCACUGUAGCGGCUGCUGCGGCUGCUGCCACAGCCAGUAUUGCGGGGGCCCCAACCCAGUACCCGCCAGGCCGUGGGGGUCCUCCCCCACCAAUAGGCCGAGGGGCACCCCCUCCAGGCAUGAUGGGCCCACCUCCGGGUAUGAGGCCUCCCAUGGGUCCCCCAAUGGGGAUCCCCCCUGGACGAGGAACUCCGAUGGGCAUGCCCCCUCCAGGAAUGCGGCCCCCUCCCCCAGGAAUGCGAGGGCCCCCUCCCCCGGGAAUGCACCCACCAAGGCCCUAGAGUCAUCUUGGCCCUCCUCAGCUCCCUGCCUGUUUCCCGAAAGACUGUACAUAGUCCUUUUAUUUCCUUGUGGCUCGUGAAACAAAUUUAUAAUAAACUCUUAAUAGCCUCUUGUGGAUGCA